AUGAAUGAACCACUAGAUGGUUUUGCAAAUGCUUCUGAUUUCCCUGAUUAUGCAGCUCCUUUUGGAAAUCGCACUGAUGAAAAAAUCCCACUCAGGAGGCACUACCUGCUUCUUAUUUACAGCAUCAUCUUCCUAGUGGGCUUUCCUGGGAAUGCAGGGGUAAUUUCCACUUAUGUUUUCAAAAUGUGGCCCUGGAAAAGCAGCACCAUCAUCACGGUGAACCUGGCCUGCACAGACCUGCUGUACCUGACCAGCUUGCCUUUCCUGAUUCACUACUACGCCAGCAGUGAAAACCGGACCUUUGGGGAUUUCAUGUGCAAGUUCAUCCACUUUGGCUUCCAUUUCAAUCUGUACAGCAGCCUUCUCUUCCUCACCUGUUUCAGCAUCUUCCAAUACUUUGUGAUCAUUCACCCGAUGAGCUGCUUUUCCAUUCACAAAAUGCGAUGGGCCGUGGUGUCCUGUGCUGGGGUGUGGAUUGUUUGACUGGCACCUGUCAUUCCCAUGACCUUCCCGAUCACAUAAACUACUGGGAACAAUAGAUCUGCCUGCCUUCACCUCACCAUUUCAGAUGACCUCACUACCAUCAAAUGGUACAAUCUAAUUUUGACUGCAACUACUUUCUGCAUUGCCCUGGUGAUAGUGACACUAGGCUAUGCAAUGACUUUUUACAUCCUAACCCAAGGACCUCAGACUCACAGCUGCCUGAAGCAGAAAGCUCGAAGGCUGACCAUUCUGCUACUCCUGGUAUUCUAUGUGUGUUUUUUACCUUUACAUAUCUUGAGGGUCAUUCGGAUUGAAUCUUGCCUGCUUUCAAUCAGCUGCUCCGUUGAGAAUCAGAUCCACGAAGCUGACAUCAUUUCUAGACCAUUAGCUGCCCUGAACACCUUUGGUAACCUGUUACUGUAUGUGCUGGUCAGUGACAACUUUCAGCAGGCCAUCUGCUCAGUGGUGAGAUGCAAAGCAGGUGGGGACCUAGAGUAAGCAAAGAAAAUCAGUUAUUCAAACCAUCCUUGA